UUGGUUUGACCAGUACCAUUUCACAUCGAGACGAGAACACAUCACACACAAUUCUCAUUCGUAAAUAAAACAGCAUUUACAUAAAGGUAUACUAAAAUUAAAAUUCUUAAAUGGAAAGCAACCAGUACGACUGCGAGCUACCAUCGACCUCGGGGGCAUCGGGCAGGCACUCCAGGUCCGGGACUGGUAUAUCGGCCAUCCUGGGCUUCGCCAAGUCGGAGUACUCCCUGGACACCCUGGACACGGAGGCGAUGAUGGCGAACGGGCGUCGUCUGGAGAGCGAAAACGAUGGCAACGAUACCGAUGAGGAGGUCGAGAUCUGCUUCACCCGCCUGAGCCUAAUGCCCGACCGUGGCAGGCGUCUCUACAUGGACUGCAAGCUGUCACUUCCGGCGGGCGGAAGUGUGCCCAUGCGCGGCGGCGCAGAAGCCAUUGCUACUUCUCCGCAUGAGAGUACCAGUUCGCCGGAAGUUCGCUAUGAGCGGCUAAGAAAUACUGCAGUCGAGGUGCGGAAAUACUGGAGAUUGCAGAACCUGCCCAUCACUUGUCCGCUGAGCAGCUGCGAUUUGAUUUUCAAUCCUGGGCAGCUUCUCAGUCACUGCCUGAUGUGCCACAAGGAGAUUCUGAUAAUGGAGAUGAAGGCCAAGGAGCCGAAGUGCCUGAAGAUUUUUGGCAAAUCCCUGCCAGAGGACAGGGGCAAGAGCAACUGUGUGGGUCUGUUGAUCUACAAGAGUGUGAGGAAGGCGACCCAAAACGCAAAUCUAGCCCGGAUCUACAAGGAUUGGGAGAGCCGUUUACCCAUCCUGAUAAUACUGUGGAAGACCUCCUGGGACUCGAAUACCAGCGGCCCCCGGGUGACCCAUAUCUAUAACCUCUGGCUGUUCUGUCCCCAGGCCCAAACGCCUUUGAUGGUGACCGUGGAGAUCGUAGAAAAGACUCCGGGGCUGCCACGUCGGCAGGUGCUCCAGACCUGUUCCAGCCCGGAGAUCAUGGAGAAUUGCGACCUCCUUUCGGACAGUCCGUAUUUCAUGAGAUUCACCCAUCGCGAGAUGAAGGACCACACCGAAGACUACACGCAGGACAUCGACCUGCAGCUCACCAUUGAUGAGGAUGCGACUAGAGUGGCGCCAAGUUUCCUCAAUGCUCAGAAGGAGGACACCACCUACGAGGAUGAAAUGGAAAUAGAACUGGAGGAAAACGAUAAUAUCAACGAUAAUAUUGCGGUGUCCAUUGAGAAACCAGGAGACACUCAACCCAACUAGACGCAAUUAGCAGCAAGAUUUUUGGCAUGAUUUUAAAUGCAAAAUUCUUUGUUUCGCAAGUCUUUUUUUUGUAAAUAUUUUGGAUCUCUUUACACUUGGACGCAAGACCAUAUUUCAUAAGCAAUUUAACAUAUGUGAUCUUGUAAAAUUUUCAUCAAAAUUUAUAAGUAAAUAACAAAUUCAUUUUUAAAUUGA